AUGAUCUCCGACGACGACCUUUACAAGCUUGCCAUUUUCCUCGGCUCCAUUUCUAUGAUACUCAUUGUGGUAUAUCAUUUCCUGGAAGUCAACACAGAAACAAAGCCAGUUGCCGUGCCGAAAAAGUCAUGA